GCAGCAACACAUGACCGGCAACACUGAUCUACAUCCAUUUCAUUCAGCAACAGGAUUGCCUGAUUCUGCUGUAAAUUAGUGACAGUCGUGGUACCGGAAAAACAUUUGUUCUUUUGAUUUCAUUAGAAAACGGCCAAGUGAUUCAAAGCUCGAAGUAAAUUUAAUUUAAUCGUAAAAUCGAUCCGUUCAAAUCGAUCAAUUAUUUCUUUUAAUCGAAGUACGUAGUGACCGCUGACUUACGUGGCAUUGGAAUCGGCUGAUGAAGAAGCAUUAACCCCGAACCAUAUCUUGCUUGGAUCUUCGAAUGGAAGAAAACCGUUGGGAGAGUUCCCCGACAAAGACUUAGCAAGAAACACCUACAAAGCCGUACAAAUUCUUGCGAAUAAUUUUUGGCGGCGAUUCGUCUUGGAGUACAUGCCAACACUCACCAAAAGAACAAAAUGGUUCAAGCAAAUGGAGCCGAUCAAAGUCGGUGACGUCGUGAUAGUAGUCGACGAACGGAACGAGCGUAAUACAUGGCCAAAGGGAAUCGUCGAGAAACUUAUGCCUGACAAAAGAGGAAUUGUGCGGCAAGUUAUGGUGCGAACAGCUAAAGGAAUUCGACGACGAUCUGUUGGGAAGCUAGCCGUUUUGGAUGUGAAACCGCCCAUGGAAGAUGUCAAUCAGGACUCAAUGGUGUCGAUUCACGGAGAGGGGAAUGUUGGGCAGCAACACAUGACCGGCAACACUGAUCUACAUCCAUUUCAUUCAGCAACAGGAUUGCCUGAUUCUGCUGUAAAUUAGUGACAGUCGUGGUACCGGAAAAACAUUUGUUCUUUUGAUUUCAUUAGAAAACGGCCAAGUGAUUCAAAGCUCGAAGUAAAUUUAAUUUAAUCGUAAAAUCGAUCCGUUCAAAUCGAUCAAUUAUUUCUUUUAAUCGAAGUACGUAGUGUGUUGUGUUGUGAGAUAACGAUUGUUGCUAGCGGAGUUUGCCAAGGAGGCGAAACGUUCGCGGAACAUUAUAAUUACACGAAUCAACAGCCUGUGUUGUAAGCUGUCGAAUCGUGAACUGUAAGGAAUUUGUAAAAAUUAUUGAAAUUGAUCAGGAAUUAAUUGAGGUUAUGUUUAGUUAUAGUUACAUCGCUCAUACACACACACGCACGCGCAUUGAUCUGAAUUGUUAUUUAUCGGCAAAGGAAUGCUAAACGUAAGACAAUUAAUGAAAAGCUUUGUUAACAUAGUUUAACGAUUUAUGAAAAUUUGUUACAGAAAUUUGAAGUGUUUGAUUAAAGAGUUGAAAUCAAGACGUGACGUUUCCUUUAACUCAACGACACUCACAAAUUUAAAAUCCAGCCGACAAGAAGUUGCAUUUAGCACCAAUAAGUGCCCGUUCGCAACAUUCUUCAAAUUUGUUUAUUUUGGAUCAACUUGGAUUGACACUUGGAUAAUCAACUUUUCGAAGUCAUUUGGUCGCAAUGGAUAAGCGUAAAGGAGCAAUACCAAAAGCAACCAGAUCUACAUUUACGAUUCCUCCUUUUGCUGGUCGCUCUGGCAAAACAUCAAGAAGUCCACCAACAACAAGUCAGACAGCAAACACAACAUCCGUCGCAGCUGAUGAGUCAAUGUAUCAGUGUGACGUGUGCAAUAUCACCGAUAAAGGCGACAAAGUUUGCUGUGACUCGUGUACCUUAUGGUCACACUUUGCUUGUGUCAACGUAACCAGUGAUAUUGCCAAUCAUGAGUGGUUUUGUGGGAAGUGCCAACAAAAUAAGCAAGAGCCACUCAUCGCCUUGACUAGUGAAACUGAAGUUGCUGCCCCAAGCAACACAGAAUCAACUGCAAAUCCUCCGAACGUGACAUAUGCACAAAUUCCAGCAACGGACGUAGUUAAUCCUACCUUGCCACAACCGAGUCAGACAGUGGCUAACGAGCAAAUACAAAACAUCGAAACUCCUCUAACGCCUCCAAAAAUCAACGUCGAUCCAAAUCGUGCCCGUUCUUAUAGAUCGAAGUCGUCUACAUCAUCAGCUCGCAGAAAAGAUCUAGCGCUGCAACGCCUAGAAGAAGAGCGAAAAUUGGAUCAAGAGUUGGAACGAGAGGAGAUGGAAAGACGUGCAGAAGAUCGGAAACGGCGUGAACUGAAGAACAAGCAGUUUCUGGACAAGAAGUAUUCCAUUUUGGAACAGGAUUCGGACGAUUCCUUAAGUUACGAUGGGUUCGACGACUUGUUAGGUGAAGAUCAGAACGAAAACAUCCAGCGCUGGAGACAAAACGUUCCGUUUAUGGGCAUUAAUGCUAACGAAAACCGGGAUGAUCCUUAUCCUGCGAUUGGGCAGUCAAAAAUUUACCUGACAUGA